CUGGGCCACCUGGGCCGGCCGCUGCACCUCUGUCCGGUGUGCACCGCGGCCACCACGGCUGCCAACCCCCGACCUAGAUACCGAGUGUACCAUGCAGUGCCUGGGCGCCGAGUACUCGGUUUCCGCAGAGAAAACACCCGGGCAGCGCGAGUGGCGACCCCAGAUUUAUAGGAAAUGCACAGAUACGGCAUGGCUGGUCCUGUUCUUUCUCUUUUGGACUGGUUUGGUGUUCAUCAUGGGCUACUCGGUGGUGGCUGGAGCAGCGGGAAGACUCCUCUUCGGCUAUGACAGCUUCGGCAAUGUCUGUGGCAAGAGGAACUCCCCAGUGGAAGGGGCCCCCCUCUCAGGGCAGGACAUGACUCUCAAAAAACACGUGUUCUUCAUGAAUGCCUGUGACCUGGAAGUCAAAGACCAGUGGCUUGGUCCCACAGCCCUCUGUGUGUCCAGCUGUCCUGAGAAGCAGCUGGACACCCUGGAAGAGGUCCAGCUCUUCGCCGACAUCAAUGGGUCUUUCCUGUGUGUCUAUAGCUUGAACUCCUUCAACUAUACUCAGAGUCCAAACGCAGAUACACUGUGUCCCACGCUCCCUGUUCCUCCAAGCAAGCCCUUUCCCCUGUUUAACCGGUGCAUCCCUCAGACCCCCGAGUGCUAUUCCUUAUUUGCAUCAGUCUUGAUAAACGAUGCUGACGCUCUCCAUCGAAUUCUAAGUGGAAUAAUGGCGGGAAGAGACACCAUCCUCGGCCUGUGUGUCUUCACGUUCGCCUUGUCCCUGGCCAUGAUGCUCACUUUCCGAUUCAUCUCCACGCUUCUGGUCCAUAUUAUCAUUUCGUUGGUUAUUUUGGGAUUGCUGUUUGUCUGCGGCGUCUUAUGGUGGUUGUAUUACGACUACACCAACGACCUCAGCACAGAGUUGGACACAGAAAGGGAGAAUAUGAAGUGCAUGCUGGCCUUUGCCAUCAUUACGACAGUCGUGACGGCGGUUCUCCUCCUCUUGAUUUUCACCCUCAGAAAGAGAAUGAAAUCGACAGUCGAGCUUCUCCGCGUCACAAAUCAAGCCAUCAGCAGCUGUCCGUCCCUGCUGCUCCAGCCCUUGUGGACGUUUGCCGCCCUCGUCUUCUUCUGGGUCCUCUGGGUGGCUGUGCUGCUGAGCCUGGGGACUGCUGGCACUGCCCAGGUGCUGGAAGGUGGCCAUGUGGAAUACAAGCCCCUUUCGGGCAUUCGGUUCAUGUGGUGGUACCAUUUAAUCGGCCUCAUCUGGACUAGCGAGUUCAUCCUUGCAUGCCAGCGGAUGACCGUAGCAGGAGCAGUGACUGCUUGCUACUUCAACAGGAAUCAAAACGACCCUCCUGCCCAUCCAAUCCUUUCGUCUCUCUCCAUACUUUUCUGCUACCAUCAAGGAACUGCGGCGAAAGGGUCGUUUUUAAUCACUGUGACGAGGAUCCCAAGAGUCAUUCUCACGCACAUUUAUAGUACUCUGAAAGAACCGCAUGGCACGUGGUCAAGAGGCGCGUUCAGAUGCGGCUACUACUGUGGGCUUCCGUGUCUCACCAGACACCUGCACCAUCUCAACCAGAACGCAUACACCGCAGCUGCCAUUAAUGGGACGGACUUCUGCGCAUCAGCCAAAGACGCGCACAAAGUCAUGUCCAAGAACUCAAGUCAUCUCACGUCUGUUAACUGCUUUGGAAACUUCGUCAUCUUCCUGGGAAAGGUGCUGGUGGUGUGCUUCACUGUUUUCGGCGGGCUGAUGGCGUUUAACUACAACCGCGCGCUGCAGGUGUGGGCCAUCCCUCUGCUGCUAGUGGCCUUUUUCGCCUACCUAGUGGCCCACAGUUUCUUGUCUGUGUUUGAAACCGUGCUCGACAUACUUUUCCUGUGCUUCGCUGUGGACCUGGAAACCAAUGACGGAUCAUCAGAGAAGCCAUACUUCAUGCACCCCGAGUUCUUGAGUUUUGUAAAACGGAUCAACAACUUAAACAAUGCAAGGUCUCAAGAACACAAGGACUCAUUACCAAAUGAAGAAGGCACAGAGCUGAGGCCCAUUGUGAGAUAGGGACCCAGAGACUUCUGUACCUGAACAACCUGAGCAUGCUUUGACCUUGCAGGUGAUGCUGACACAAAGUCUACAGCUAUUUUCACAUGAACCAGAGCAAGAAAAGGCAUGGUAAAACUGUUUAUACUGCAUCUCUUUAAAAGUACCUGGGCACCGUGACAUGCGUCUACAAUUCAUCCCCAGCAAUUAGGCAGCUGAAGUACCAAGACUACCAGUGUAAGGCCAGCCUGUGCUACACGGGCAUUUAAAGCCAACCUGAAUGCUAUGUAGAGACCUUAU